AGCGACCUCCGACCACGCCGUCCGACCACCCUGCUAUGCAAGGAAGCUAAGCCACCUAUAUGGCAGAUACCGACAGCCUCGAGGCUCUGCAGGGCCUCCACCGCGAUUUACUUGCGCUUUCGGCCUCGCGACUGGUGGUUCUCGAAAGGCUCGAGGCCGAGCUGGAAGCAAGAAUAGAAGAGUUCAAGAAGCUCUUGGACAAGCCGCGCAAGAAUGACAAAAGUCGCGAUGCAAUCAAGGCCGAAACCCUCAAGGUCGAUGACCUAGAGUAUCAACUCAACGAUGACUUCCGACAAGAGACGAUCAAAGUCGCAGACGCACUCGACCUUGACGAAAUUGAGGCCGCCAAGCUAUGCAUCGUCGCCCAGGAGGAUAUUCUCGAGCUCGACCGUUCCCUCUUUACAGCCUCCGUCAUUCGCUUCCACAAACGGAGGCAAUUCCUUCUGGAAUGCCUGCGCCUGGUUCUAAAGCAAUCCCAUGAUCCAGAAGCGAACGAACAGCUUGCGACUCAUUUCGGUAGUUAUGCGCUUAAGGUCUUAGGCAUCGGUGCCGACCACCGUCUGGAAAAUGGCUACGCUUAUUGGCAGAAAUGCCUCGCAAGCAUGGGUGACAUUGAAAGAUGGCUGCAACAAUUGGCAGAUAGCGCGCUGGCUGGCUCGGUUGUCGGAAAGGCCCAUACCUCGGAAGACAUGGAGAUUCUAGACUUUCAAAGGGUCAGCUUGACCCGGCAGCACGAGUCCCUGGCGGCCAUCUGCACGAGUCUAAUCAAAGCGGGUUAUUCCAGCAUUGAUAACUUCCGCGGCUUGCUUGGGACACUGAAAUCGCUCGACAAGCACGAUGUGGUGCUCAUCCAUUACGUGCCCAUGGUCACCUCCUCCAUCAACCAAUUGGUGUCAUCUGAGCGUUCGUCCUCGUUGGAAGAUGCCAGAUCUCUUCACCAGACUGUCGUAGCAGGUAAAGAGGGCGAAGCGUGGAAAUUGCGCAACUUUCAUGCUGCCGUCAUGACAUGGUGGCUGGCCGAAUACAGCGGGAGGUACAUCGAUCCUCAGCCUCAAGAGGGCGUUGACCUGGAAGCCGAAGCCGAGAGACGCUCGCAGCUCUUUCUGGACGCACUCAAAGAUGGUGCCUUGCAUUUCAUCCUCUCAACAAGUCAAGAUGUGAAGCCCAACAGAUGGUACGACCCAGCAAAGGCUCACCUGCUCUCAUUCGUGCUUCAAGAUGCGCCCCAGUUGCCAGCUGACUCUGUACCGCUGUCGGACCAUUUUCAGUCGCUGUACAUGGAACAAAUGCAAGGAUACGUCGAUGCUUUCAUUACCAACAUGCCAGAUACUCUGCGCAAGCUCAAGGUAGAAGAAGAUGAUCGCCGACGCAUGAUGCACGCUCGGUUCCAACGGGGGCCAGUUGAGCAAGAGCUACACCUCGAACGCUUCUUGCUUAUAAUUUCCUAUGCUUUUGCUGAAAGCCCUGAUGCGGCACAGAGCUUUUGGCAAGACACAGAUGGCAACCUCUAUGGAUUUCUUCAGUGGGCAGCCAAACGCCAAACCACGCCGAGGGUUGCUGCAUUCUGCGAGAUGCUCCGAUCACUUUCAGAGGGUGAAGAAUGUGCAGCUGCUGCACACAGAUUUCUCCAAGAAGAAAGCGUCAUUGCUUCUGGAAAACUUCGCCGCACGAGCUCUUUAAGUUAUGCUCACAUCUUAAACGAACUACAAUUCUACGCGAACAGCAUCCGGGACAGGCCUUCUCCAGCAGCGUCCGGCUUCCAACCAGCCCCACAAAAUCCCAAUGAGCAGAUUGUUGAACCGGAAACCGCUAUGAUGCUUGAGUGCCAUAUGAGGCUGCUUGCGCAUUUGUGCAGGGAGAGCUCAGAAGCACGACUUUGGACACUUUCUCACGCGACAUUCAAUGUUCCAGAUAUCCUUCUUCAAUUGUCAACUAUUACCAUGGAAAGCCGCCUGAGGGCCUGCGCGUUCAGCUGUCUUAGCUCCCUCUUAGUCGGGAAGAACAUUCAGAUCGGAGACGGUAUGUGGAGCGCCUUGGAUCAGUGGAUGAUCGGAGGAACACAUAUUUCGGCUGGCGUGCCCAGGCCGCCAUCUUUCGGACAACAAGAACGCCUGGUCUUUGAAACGAUUGCUUCGGAUUACGAUGAAGCAACCGCGUUCAUGGGCUUGUUAACGGCUCUGGUUUCGCCUUACUCUGAGGACUCCGGACUCCAUGACGCCCUUCCCUUCCCUGAAACGCUUGGAUCGAGCUACCGGAUGCCUGGGAUUGAAAAGUUUAUUGACUUCGCCAUGGAGCGUAUAUUCGAUCAGUUGUGCAAGAAGGUUGAAGAUCCCCUUCAAUUGCGGGUCCUUCGAUGGCAUUGCCUCAACUUCAUCGCCACCUGUUUAGCCACCUUCAACGAGGACCUUGUCGUUUUUGCCAAUCAGUCCAGCAUCGCCGUGGACUCUGCCAUCCACUCUUCCUCACUGGCUGCAUACGUCCGACUGCAUCCGUUUGCGAGGGUCAUGGAGUGGCUCUUUAACGACAACGUGCUGUCAUCUUUGUUCGCCGCCGCGCAGCAGGAUGUGGAAGAAGUCAACGACUCAACACCAGAUUCUCCUUUGCUCAUGUCAUUGGUCAAAGCCAUCGAAGUGCUUGAUUUGGUCAUGAAACUGCAACGCACCUAUCUCGACAUCGUUCGACGUGUGAUCAAGGAACAGAGUACCGUUCAUAGGAGGGUUGUUGCCAACACGGCUCUUGCUUCCUUCGAGGAUGCCGUCCUCAACAAUCUCUCCACCGUCGUCUAUCUCGGUCUCUACUGUGGAACUGGACACCAAGAUCUGACGCUUGCUUCACUUCAGCUGUUGGAGAAGCUGUCUUCUUCGCGCAAAUUGGUUGUUUCACCCACGGCAGGGUUUGGUCAGCGGUCUGAUCGUAGUAAGAUCAUCGGGAUCUUGGAAAAAGACAACGAUGCGGAGCGAAUUGCGAAAUCCUUGAGUGCUGAAAUGCAGCUGGAUUCCCGAGAGUUCGAAGCUGGUCCGAUUUCGCCCGGAUAUGCCAUCAAAAUGAGCAUCCUUGAUUUCCUGAACAGUUGUCUCUCAGCGUUGCCAAAUAGGCCCACAAUAGCACAUCUUCUGCUAGGGUUUAGCUGCGGCACGAGCACGAUCGAUGUUCCAGAUGAUGGUCUUUUUGCAGCUGGCAACUCCCUUUUCCAUGCGAUCCUCAAGCUGGCCGUAGAAUAUCCGGAGAUGGUGGAUGGUUCCUUCACCCCUUGGUCGAGCAUAGUCAAGCAAAAGUGCAUUGACAUCUUGAUGAAGCUUUGGAGAUCGCCCCUUUCCUCGGCGUAUGUCAUGGCGGAACUUCGUACGGCUGAACUCUUCAGCACUCAGGCUCUAAGACAACACCUCGUCGAGCCAGCUACCCUAUUCGGUGGCAAAGACAUCGCCGACCCGGAUUUCAUCUUCGCGGAUUCAGCCAUUGCGCUGGAGAAAUUUUUCUGCCAAAGAACUGCUUUCUAUGAGUACACGGCACGGGAGCUAAGGCUGGCUCAUCAAGGUGGCAUGCCGACACUCCGAGCUCGUAUGCAAUCGACUCUGUUAGGAGUGACGCUCACGUCCGAUGGAGCGCAGAUCCAGAAUCCUAGCGUUUUUGAUUUGUUCGAUUUCAUGGAGCUUGAGGUGAUGGAUGAUUUCGCUCUGCCACCACUUAUCAUGCUGGGUUCGUUGGACUUCAACAUUUGCAGAACCGAGGGAGAGGCGCCUCACCUGCAGUACAACAUGCAGAGCGUACAAGAGCUCAUCACUCUCCGAGCUAAUGAACUCCGUCGGGACGGAAAGCUGCCAACUCCUGUGGAAGAGACUCAACUGCAGACUGAGACCCAGAUUGUUCUCGGCUAUCUUCUAGGUGUCAACCAACGCCAGAAUGUCGCCAUUGCUCGUGCCGAUGUCCUCAAGGCAUGGGUACAACUUAUGAUGGUUGUUCUGGAAGCCUGUGAAUUCGAUCCUACGACGAAGACGUCAUUCAUUUUGCAAGCACUCCAGGUCAUUUUGCCCAAGCUCGAGAAAGCAUAUACCGAAGACGUAACGACAGCUGUCAACCUCGCAGAUCUUGCUCGGACGCUUUUGACUUACGUUGACUUCAAAUCUAUGCCAUUGGAAGGCUCACGAGCUGGUGACCUUGCCAACGACAGAUUGACGCAGCUGUUCCGUGUUGCUUUGAGCGGCAUCUUCUGUCUCGUCUCAAAUGCUGCUCUGCGGGAAAUCUGCUACCAAAUCUGCUACCGGUAUCUGCGUGGUACGGUGAAGAAAGAGCCAGCCAAGAAGUCACCAAACGGCACCCCGCUGAGUGGAUCUUUCAGCGGUUCUCUCAAUGGCUCGCUGGCUGUCUCCACCAUGGCGCUUGCCAAGCCUUCUCCGACGAGCUCGCCGAAGAACACGCAUACUCUUCGCAUCGUCAAGUCCGCCGGUACCAGGCUGAUGGAUGUGGUUUGCGAUGAUUCUUAUGCUGGCCAAGGGACUUGCCGGAUUUCGGCAUUGUUAUUUUUGGACGCUCUGGUCGCGCUCGGCACCCGUGAGGAUUCGAGAUACGUUAUCGACUCCUUCGUCCGGCUCAACUUUAUCGAUGUACUCGUGGACAGCAUCAAGCUCAUUCCCACCGAGCUUCGUAAUGCCAGUGCUGCAGAUGUGCCACUGUUGCUCUCGUUCAUCGACGCCAACCUCUCGCUCCUUCUGCGCAUAUCGCAGACCAAGCUCGGCGCGGCCUGCGUCUUGAACGCCGGCCUCUUCCAAUCCGUCCGCGACUCGCAGAUAUUUGCCGCGGACCCAGACUUUGGUCUCGAAAUGGAGAACGCCAACGCGUUGAAAAAGUUCUUCGAGCUCAUGCUCUCGGUUCUCCGCGUCAUCAACUCUGUCGUGGUUACCCGCGGCCCCCAGAACGAGCAGACGCGCCAGCAGGCCAGGUACUUUAUCGACGAGAACCGGGCGAGCAUUGUCAGCGUGUUCAAGCGGCAUGCUAGGGUUGGAGGCAGGUCCGAAGUCGCUGGCAGCGAUUUGGAUGAGUUGGUGGAUAACUUGAUGAUCUUGAUAAGCGCGACAGAUUUUCUUGAGUAUGAGGAAGAGGCGACGAAGCAGAAGCCGUCGUUGCUCUCGUUUUCGUAGGACUCGCAAGCAUUAUUUUCUUUUUGGCAUUAGUUGUUUGAUGAAAAUGGGAGGUGAAAUUUUUUUUGAUUGGAAAUGCGCCUUAGCUGUUUGUACAAUGACGCUCGGGAGCAUGCAUGCGUAGCUCUUGCCAGGAAAAAAUGAUAUACCAAAAGUAGCAGCACGUGAUCUCCGACUAUCCCGACAUACAUCCAUCCAUUCCUUCCGUGAAAACGUCUCUUUGGGUUCUUUUUUCUUUUUCCACCUAGAGAGAGCUCGUGUGACCCGUGACCCAUGCGAUCACCAGCAUCUAAAGUCCCAACCUCCAAACGCCGUCCGUCCCGCAGCGCGCAGGCUUAGGGAAACCCCAAUAUGAUACAACGAGGGCAGCAGCAGGCAGACAGACCGGCUACUCCGACUUGUUCGGGGCCUGGGGGCCCGUCGCCAUGGAAUCAAAGAUAUUCCUGAUCUCGUCCUGCAUGAUGC